AUGUCUUUGGUUCCUAAGUUGAAGUUGAACACAGGAGCGUUGAUCCCUGCCAUUGGUCUCGGCGGCUGGAGUGGUACCACUAAGGAGCAGCAUGCACAAGCCACCCCUUGGAUGCUUACUGCGCUUCAGUCUGGCUACAGACACAUCGACACCGCGUGGGGAUACGGAACUGAGAAAUGCGUCGGCGAGGCGAUUAGGAAGUCUGGCGUCCCGCGCGAGGAGAUUUGGAUCACUACGAAGCUUCCUUGGAACCACCCUGGGCUCAGGACCGUUGAAGAGUCGCUCGAUGACAGCUUGAAGAACCUAGGCACUAGCUAUGUGGACUUGUAUCUUCUCCACUGGCCCCAGGUUGUUGACUGGCCUGACGAGGGUCCAGACUAUUCCGGUCCUGACAAGAUACGAGAAGAUGCUCCCACUUUCAACGAGACCUGGGCGGCAAUGGAGGAGAUGUAUCACAAAGGCAAAGCGAAGAACAUCGGCGUGAGCAACUUCUCAGUGAAAACGCUUGAGGAGCUGCUCAAGACGGCGAAGGUGGUCCCUGCUGUGAAUCAAGUAGAAAUGCAUCCGUACCUCGCGCAGCCCGAUCUCAAGGCUUAUUGCGACGCGAAAGGCAUCCUCUUAACCGCAUAUACUCCCACUGGGUACGGCACUGUACGUUCCGACCCGACGAUUGUAGAGCUCGCACAGAAAUACAAGGUGUCUCCCGCGCAAAUCAUCCUCGCAUGGCACGUCGCGCGAGGUGUCGUUGCUGUCCCUAAGAGUUCAAACGUGGAGAGGCAGAAGGAGAACAUCAAUUUGCCGACGCUGGAGGAGGAGGACUUUAAGCGGGUCACGGCGCUUGACCGUGGUGAACGGCUCUGCAACAAGGUCGAUGAGAAUGGCUAUAUUUGCGGGUGGCCGCGCGAGAAGAUGGGGUGGUAA